GCGCGCAGCUCCCUCCCACCCCCUCCCCCCAUGUUCCCCGACGCCGGGACCGGCCCGGGGGGGCCCGGGGUUGCCGUGGCGAGCCGAGCCGGGGGCCCUGCCCGGGGCGCCUGCGAGCGAGGAGGUCGGGUCGCGGAUCGAUGAAAGGAGGCUCAGAUGAGCCCCUGCUGACUUGCGAGAGAAAGAGACCACGCUGAUUGCUGAGAGGAACUGGAAGAAGAGGAAGAAGGAAAAAAAAAAAAAAAAAAAAGCUUAAACUCAGUGAGACAGCAACUCCCACACCAUGAGCAGCGCUGUGUUGAUGGCUCGCCUCCCAGACCCGGGCAGCAGCUUUCGUGAGGAUGCCCCGAGGCCCCCCGUUCCGGGGGAAGAAGGGGAGACCCCGUCAUGCCAGUCUGGGCUGGGCAAGGGCCAGGUCACCAGGCCCAUGCCUGUCUCCUCCAACGCCAGACGCAAUGAGGAUGGUUUGGGGGAGCCCGAGGGGCGGGCCUCUCCAGAUUCCCCUCUGACCCGAUGGACCAAGUCCCUGCAUUCCCUGUUGGGCGAUCAGGAUGGUGCUUAUCUCUUCCGGACUUUCCUGGAGAGGGAGAAAUGCGUGGAUACCUUAGACUUCUGGUUUGCCUGCAAUGGGUUCAGGCAGAUGAACCUGAAGGAUACCAAAACUCUCCGUGUAGCCAAAGCGAUCUACAAAAGGUACAUCGAGAACAACAGCAUUGUCUCCAGGCAGCUGAAACCCGCCACCAAGACCUACAUCCGAGACGGCAUCAAGAAGCAGCAGAUCGACUCCGUCAUGUUUGACCAGGCGCAGACUGAGGUCCAGUCUGUGAUGGAGGACAACGCCUACCAGAUGUUCUUGACUUCUGACAUAUACCUCGAAUAUGUGCGGAGCGGGGGCGAAAACCCAGCUUACAUGGCCCACGGGGGACUGGGCAGCCUGAAGGUGGUGUGCGGCUACCUCCCCACCUUGAACGAAGAGGAAGAGUGGACUUGUGCCGACUUCAAGUGCAAACUCUCACCCACGGUGGUCGGCUUGUCCAGCAAAACCCUGAGGGCUACGGCCAGCGUGAGGUCCACUGAGACUGUGGACAACGGGUACAGGCCCUUCAAGAGGAGUGACCCUAUGAGCCCAUACCACGUAGGCUCUGGCUAUGUCUUUGCGCCGGCCACAAGCGCCAACGAUAGCGAGAUAUCCAGCGACGCACUGACAGACGAUUCCAUGUCCAUGACGGACAGUAGCGCAGAUGGAAUCCCUCCUUACCGCGUGGGGAGUAAGAAGCAACUCCAGCGGGAGAUGCAUCGCAGCGUGAAGGCCAAUGGCCAAGUGUCUCUACCUCAUUUUCCGAGAACCCACCGCCUGCCCAAGGAGAUGACCCCCGUGGAACCUGCCGCCUUCGCGGCCGAGUUGAUCUCCCGGCUGGAGAAGCUGAAGCUGGAGAUGGAGAGCAGGCACAGCCUGGAGGAACGUCUGCAGCAGAUCCGAGAGGAUGAAGAGAAGGAGAGCUCCGAGUUGGCACUGAGCUCGCGGGAGGCCGGCGCCCCCCAGCACACCCUGUGUCUCCUGCCCUCCGGCAGCUACGAGGAAGACCCACAGACCAUUUUGGACGACCACCUGUCCCGGGUCCUCAAGACCCCUGGCUGUCAGUCUCCGGGCGUGGGCCGCUACAGCCCCCGCUCCCGCUCCCCUGACCGCCACCACCACCAUCACCCGCUGUACCACGCCCUCCUCCCGCCCGGGGGCAAGCUGCCCCCUGCCGCUGCCCCCUCGCCGGCUGGCUGCCCCCUCCUGGGGGCCAAGGGCUUCGUGACCAAGCAGACAACCAAGCACGUCCACCACCAUUACAUCCACCACCACGCGGUCCCCAAGACCAAGGAGGAGAUCGAGGCUGAAGCUGCCCGGAGGGUGCGCUGCCUCUGCUCCGGGGGCUCUGAGUACUACAGCUGCUUGAAGUGGAAGAGUCACCCCAAGGCGCUGGAGCCCGGCCCAGCAGAGCAGUUGGGUGCCCAGAACGCCAAGAAGGCCCACCCCUUGGAACCCACCCGCGGGUCCCCAGCUGAACGUACCGGCCGGCACCACUUGUGGGGGGGAACCAACGGGCACCCCCGCGCCACCCCUCGGACCCACCCAUUCACCCAGGACCCUGCGAUGCCUCCCCUGACCCCACCCAAUACCUUGGCCCAGCUGGAGGAGGCCUGUCGUCGGCUGGCGGAGGUGUCAAAGCCCCCAAAGCAGAGGUGCUGCACAGCCGGUCAGCAGAGGGACAAGAACCACUCGGCUGCGGGUCUGACAGCAACCACAGCCUUCUCCAACCUGGGCCUGGCUGCAGAAGGCCACAAAGAGCCCAAGAAGCUGGCGGGUGUCCACGCGCUGCAGGCCAGCGAGCUGGUCGUCACUUACUUUUUCUGCGGAGAAGAAAUUCCGUACAGGAGGAUGCUGAAGGCUCAGAGCUUGACCUUGGGCCACUUUAAAGAGCAGCUCAGCAAAAAGGGAAAUUACAGAUAUUACUUCAAAAAGGCCAGUGACGAAUUUGCCUGCGGAGCAGUUUUUGAGGAGGUCUGGGACGACGAGACGGUGCUCCCCAUGUACGAAGGCAGGAUUCUGGGCAAGGUGGAGAGGAUAGACUGAAUCUGUGAGCUCUGACCUCGGGCACACUGGAGUCGCACAAGCCCUCACCCCCAUUCCUUGGACAUGAGUCACAGCCACGAAACGUUUUGAAGGAAAACCAUGAAUGAAGAAGACAGAAGUCUAGGGAAGAGUGGGCCACUGGGCCUUGGCGUGGGUCGGUCCUUUUUAUUCCCGAGCUGAGUACUAAGCUAGGAAAAGCCGGAACUAUUUAUUAAAAAACAUGAUGACCACUCUUGGCUGUUGCAGAUGCUGACUUUUGGAGAGACUGCCAUACAUAAUAGAUGACUUCCUAGGGGUCUGAAAUCCAUAAACUAAGAGCAACUCUGUAUAGCUUACCUUAACAGGAGUCCUUACUGAUAUUUAUUGAACAAUUGACUCCCCCCCCCCCUUCCCUCCCCCCUCCCAGUUUAUGGAAAUGCUGCUCUCAACAAUGGAAAGGGGAAAGGUAGUGUUCGGUCAUCCCUGUCUAAGCUUAGGAGCUGAGCUAGGAGUGCAUUCAUGCCUUCUUCACCAAGCGAGGAAUUAUGCCCUGUGAAGAUAGACUUAAAAAAAAAAAAAAAAGGUGCCCUACCAUUGACAUUUGCAGACUUUGGUGCAUUUUUUCCGUUCUAUGCUGCUCAAUCUUGUCUUAAAGGUCUUGAGGGCUGCCUUAGGUAAUAUCACCGCCAUUUUGAGCUUGCUAUGUCGGAUGGCAUGGCCCACCAUGGCAGAGGGGCAAGCCUCACCGUGGAGGCCCAUCACGUAAUGUCAUGGUGUCUUCUCACCGAGGCCCGGCACCCGGUGUCUGAGGCCCGCUGGUUCCUGGUGUCUCCGGAUACGCUUUUACCGAGAUAAGAGGUCUUUGGGGUUUUGUUCCCUGUUCUGUUUUGUUGAGUCUUCAGACCCCUCAGUCCUGGAACGUCCUCCCCUGCCUUGCAAAGACACGAAUGAUUGCGUGGGAAGACGCUUUUCCUCUAGACGCCUUCAUCUUGACGUUCGGGUUUUUUGUGUUAAGUUAACGUGUACAUUUCUGUUUGCCAUUGUUACUUGUACUAUAUGUCUUGUAUAUGUUGUAUGGCAAAAGAGUAUUCCUCCACUAUCUCUAGUGCUUGACUUUAAACCAGUACAGUGCCUGUACCUGCACGGGGAGGGUCCCGCCCCGCCCCCGUGUGUCGCCCUAUAUUGAGGGCUCAAGCUUUCCCUUGUUUUUUGAAAGGGGUUUAUGUAUAAAUAUAUUUUAUGCCUUUUUAUUACAAGUCUUGUACUCAAUGACUUUUGCCAUGGCAUUUUGUUCUACUUAUACUGUAAAUUAUGCGUUAUAAAAGAGUUCAUUUAAGAAAAAUUACUUGGUACAAUAAUUAUUGUAAUUAAGAGAUGUAGCCUUUAUUAAAAUUUUAUAUUUUUCAAAAA